AUGAUAGGCACAGGAGCUGUAGUGUCUAGACAUAUCUGCCGGUGGUCCCCCUAUUUAGUCCAGCUUCAUUACGAAAAGGAUCCUUUAUCGUUUGCAAUCAAGACAUAUUACUUUAUGCGUAUAGUUACAUAUAUCGCGGCAUUUGGAGGAGGCGUAUGUAUCCUUAGAAGAUUUACAAAGGAUAUUCUUAAAAUAAGAAAAGGAGACUAUUCUCUUUUUAAAGGGAAAAGAAACAACAGGAUUGACAUAGACGAUGCUAUUCGAUUUUUAGGAGUGUUUAUAGGAUUCGGGUUCACGGGAACUUUAUAUCUCAUGCUCGAGGUAUCUCUUAUAGGAACAUUCAUCACAAUGCUUAUACAACUUGAUGUGCUACGCGAGGUUUUAUUAAAGCAGCUUGGAUACGGUGCUUAUUUUGCUAGCUUCUUUGUCGCUAUCAUUGUACAGUUCUUGCAAAAACGAGUAACUAACUUGGUCUUUAUUGAAUCCCGUACACGAUUUAUGAUUUAUCACAGAGCACCAUUCUUGCACUACUGGUACUUUAUGAUGCUUACAUCAAUGACCAAGGCAUUAAUCUCAUACUUUUUACGAACUUUAAAACUUGCCUUGAGAUAUCCUAUGUAUAGUUUGCGUGUUGAUAGGAAUGCAGAAACUUGGAGUGUUCGCAAUGGAGAUGCAGGUUUUACUGCUUACAGUGGCAUGAUUCUUGCUGAUCACGAGUACAACAAUCCAAUUGCUUUGGCUUUUAUUGAAUGCAUCCUUGACUGUAUACUACGCUCUUUUCAAAAAAGCCCCCUUUCAAAAUAUUUUAUCUUUGGAGAUCACAAAAGAAAGCUAUGCGAAUAUCACAUCAAAAGUUCUCAUAAUUUAAUCAAAUCAGAGAAUUUGAAAAAUAACUCGACAAAAGACAGCAUCAAGAAGACCUCAAGUGAUGUAAAAGAAGAGCAAACAGUAUCAUCUAGAAGAGCGCGAAACCGUUGGUUCCUUGCGUAUACACUAGUUAACAAUCCUCAACUUCGUGCUGAUCGUCAAAGAGAAGAAAUCGAGAUACAAAUUACUACUGAAUAA